AGUACCAAUGAUAUUAUUAUUGGAUAUGUUAUUUAUGUAUUGAAAAGUUUUACUGGAUAUAUUAGUUCUGGUUCUCGUUCUCAAUUAUUUUUUGCAAAGUAAUGGACGAACAUGAAUUCGCACACAGAGCACGAAAACGGAUUAAGGAAGUGAAGAAACGGGCUAGACCAGAACUGAAUACCAAGAAAGCAUGGAAGCAAAUGGAUUAUGUUUCAGAUGUUGAUAGGUUCAAAAACUUUGUAGACAACUGUGAAAGAAUAGAUGAAAGUCGAACUUCCCAGAGACAAUUUAUAACACACUAUGAACUUCCUUACAAACCUGUGGUAAUUACAGGAUGCCAAAAAGGUUGGAGAGCCGAAGAGAAAUGGACUUUAGAAAAAUUAACUAGGAAAUAUAGGAACCAAAAAUUUAAGUGUGGAGAAGACAAUGAAGGCUACAGUGUAAAAAUGAAAAUGAAGUAUUAUAUCCAUUAUAUGCAGUCUACUAAAGAUGAUAGUCCUUUAUAUAUAUUCGAUAGUAAUUUUGGUGAGCAUAAGAGAAGAAAGAAAUUGUUAGAAGAUUAUGAAGUACCGUAUUAUUUUAGAGAUGAUUUAUUAAAGUAUUCUGGUGAAAACAGGAGACCUCCUUAUAGAUGGUUUGUAAUGGGACCUGCUAGGUCUGGGACCGGAAUCCAUAUUGAUCCCCUCGGUACCAGUGCCUGGAACGCUCUUGUAAUGGGACACAAAAGGUGGUGUCUGUUUCCAACGCAUACUCCAAAAGAAAUACUAAAAGUAACACUUCAAGCUGGUGGAAAGCAACGUGACGAAGCAAUCACAUGGUUUGAUUUAAUAUAUCCAAAAACGCAAAAACCAACUUGGCCACAGAACUGUAAACCAAUCGAAAUUUUACAAGGUCCCGGUGAAACUGUUUUUGUUCCAGGCGGAUGGUGGCACGUAGUAUUAAAUCUAGAUACAACUAUAGCCGUAACGCAAAACUUCUGUAGUCGAACAAAUUUCCCAGUCGUAUGGCAUAAAACGGCUAGAGGAAGACCCAAAUUAUCUCAAAAAUGGCUAAAGACAUUAACCGAGAAGGAACCAAAUCUUGCUGCUUUGGCUAUUAGGAUUAAUUUAGAAAAACCCUCUGGGAUAGCCUCAGAUAGUUCCAGUAACUCAUCUUCUAGCUCAAGCUCAGAAUCGGACAGUUCCAACUCUGAUGACGAAGACAGCGGCCAAGAGUCUAUUUCAGCGAAGAAGAAAAAGAGAAAAUCGGAUAUUGACAAUGAGAACAAUCGAAAAGUUUGUCCUAAACUGGUAGAUCAUUGGUACAAAGUGCAGCAGGGACCAACAGAUACAUCCCUGCGGAUUGCCUGAUUGUUGCCGAUAAACGAUGAAACUUCUCCUGAAAGAAACAUAGUCCAUGAUAAGACUACGGCCACAAUGAUUCCUGGAGAAUGAUAUCAACUACAAAAUGGUAAUAACUCAAGACUACGCCUUUGUAUCAUUAUAUAGUUUAGAGACCAAUUGAAGACCUAUUUUCUUAUGACUAAUUAUCACAAAAAAGUGCAAAACUUCGUAAUAUUUUGUAUAUGUUAUUUAUUUAAUAAAUGUAUAUGUUAAAUUUGUGA